GCGUUUCCUGCAUUUUUUUCUUUCGUUUGUUCCACUUUGCUUAACUGAACACAGCCCAAGUCAAGGUCUAUCUGUAUGCGUUCAAUUUGGGAAGAGAAUUUUACUGCGUUUUACGGAAAGAAAAGCAGACAAAGUAGCGUAGGGAAAGUGUUGCGUUCAGGAUUGUUGGUGAAACACUUGACAGCCAAGGCUGUAAAUAAAUUAUUUAGUAUAAGGGAAGUGCGCGAAAUUUUUGCUCAUCCGGUUUCUCUUCUCAAAUUAAACCCAGUAUAGAUGUGUAUCAAGGGGCACAGUAGUGGCUCGCGCUACGUAUGUGCGCAAAUUGUGUGUAAGUGCUGCUGUUGUGCGCAUUCCCUUCACCGUUGCAGCAUUCUAUAAACGUCGUCAAACUUUGAACACUGAUGCACGUGGAUCAUUCUGAGUGGAGUACACGCGAUCACACGAGGAUUUGGAGCUUGAACAGAAGUUAGAUCAGCUGGUUUUCCAAAAAAGAAGCAAUAAAUAAUAUCAAUAAUUAAUAGACUAUAUACGAUCAAGCAAGGAAAAAAGGAACAAGAUAAAACAGUAAUAAUCAAGAUAUUUAAGAUCACGUAGAGCAGAUUUUUUAGACAUUUUACAUUUUUUACGUCGGAGAUAAUCACACUUUGUUUGAUACACAGAAGAAAGAUAAUAUAAAAUAAACUUGAGUUGCACUGUUCACUUAGUCGACAAAGAAUAUAAAAUGAUUUUGAACUGCAUUGUUCAUUUAGAAGUACGCGACAGAACGUCAUGUUAUUCAACACCGGAACGUUCUGUAUUGUCACUUGAGAAAAAGGUAGACUCUUAUAAAAUAGAAGCAUAUUUAAUUUGGAAACGAGAAAAAAAGGAUCCAGUCAAAUAUUUGAUCAGAACAAAAGAUCUUUAUGACUUUGACAAAAACUUACUGUGUAUCACCUUGAUAGGUCCAUAUUCAAGUGAGAAUAUGGCUCUUAAAAUAUAUUUUCAAAAUCCAUUUCACGGUCUUAUAAUUUCCACUACUGAGUUUGAUCCUCUUAAACAAUUUUUUUAUCUUGUGAAGAUGAUGUCUGAAGGAUUUUGGUAUACAUUUCACAAAAUACUGUCAUCUAUAGAAAGUGACAACUUUACAUCAGAACUUACCACAGAAAUUGGAAAAAAAAGAAAAUAUUCAUCUAGAGAAAGUUUUCCUAGAACAACGAAAACACUUAAUUUACGCAAAUCCAACAUAACGGAAUUUCAUCCCCAAGUAUUCUUAAGUACUCCUACUUUUCAUACUCUACGAGAACUUAUCCUAACAAACAAUCAGAUCUCGUUUCUGCCAAAGGAGUUAGGUACUGUGCCACAUCUUAAUAAGCUGUUAUUAUCACACAAUUGCCUUGGAAACACUUGUUUAGAGAUCGCUAAAUGGGAAUGGAUGGAGCAAACUGCUAUUUCGCAAAGCCUGAAAGAAUUACACAUAGAUAACAAUAAUCUCACUAAGUUGCCACUACAAAUUGGAAAGCUACAAAGUUUAAUAUGCUUAAACGUUUCCCAAAAUUUGUUAACAAAAUUGCCGCAAAUUAUUGGAACUUUGCAACAUUUAGCAUCGUUGAAUGUGGUGGGAAACCCUCUGUUAUAUUUACCAGGGAGUAUGAGAGGGAUGGAAUUGGAACUUUUGUUUCUUGAAGACUAUUCUUAUAUAGAUUUUUUGGUUGAUGAGUAUACAUCACCUACUCCAAAAGUGAUGAGCCUGAUGGAUUUAGGAGCUAAAACAGUGAAAAAAUACAGGAUACCAUACAAUGAUUUACCAUCUAAAUUGGUCAGAUACUUAGACAAUAGCAAAUUUUGCUGUAUAUGCCGGAUGCCUUGCUUCCAUUCUGAUAUAAAAACUUUCGAGCGAUUAUUGGAUACUACACGUUGUGAACGUGUAAAGUGUUUAUAUAAAAUAUGUGACGAUAAAAUAUGUUACAAAUACAAGUUGCCACUCUCAAGUCACAUACCAUUCAAAUGUUAUUUUUGUUCAUCAAAGUGCUAUGUUUAUUAUGUAAGACAUAUUAAGUGACAAUAUAGUACCAAUAAGUUUUUCACAACGUACAUAAGUUGU